AUGACUCGACACGAAAAGGGGCAGUCCUUCUUUACCUCGACUACAACAAUGGCUGAAGCGCACCUCUCUGCGCUGCGCGAAUCUAUGAAGCAGUCUACGCCGUGGACGUGCGGUGUGCUUGAUGUCCGGCCCGAGGACUUGGCGCUGUUCUACAAGCAGACUGCCAGCAAUGAACGACUGGCCGCGACGAUGCUCAACUUUGCAGAGGCAACUGAGGCGCAGCUGCAAGACCUCGCUGCCGCGUGUGAGCCCGCGACAUUUGGGCUGGGGACAGAAGACGUGCUUGACGAGGGCUACCGCAAGGCGGGGAAACUCGACUGCGGCAACUUCGCUGCGUCGCUGGAUAUUGGGACGCUUAAUAUUCUCGAUGAAAUCAUGCCGGAUUUGCUCGAAGGACGCGAUGACGCGGUUAUCAGGGCGGAGCUGUAUAAGCUGAAUGUGUAUGGCCCUGGCUCUUUCUUCAAGUCUCAUAAGGACACGCCCCGUGGAAAAAGCAUGGUCGGCUCGCUCGUCAUUGUUCUCCCCACAGAGCAUCAAGGCGGACAAUUAAACUUAUCACACGGCCAGAACUCGUUCACGUUUGACUCUGCAAUCCAACUUGCGGGUAAAAACGGCUCAAUCGCAUACAUCGCCUUCUUCAGCGAUGUCACCCAUGCUGUCGAGCCCGUUAUCGCUGGUCAUCGGGUCACACUCACCUACAAUCUUCUCCUUUCACUCAAAUCGUCCUCGCAUGAUCUGAAUACCGUGAAAAGACAGCCAUCGUCUGAGGCUGAAGUCGCCUGCCAGACGGCCUUGGCUGCGCUGCUUGCCGACACCGCUUUCCUGCCCGAAGGCGGUAUGCUUGGCUUUAACCUCGAGCACGAGUACCCCGUCCCACGCACAAUUUCCGACCCACUGGCAAACACCAUCGGCCACGUGCUGUCUAUGCUCAAGGGGGCGGAUGCGCGGAUCCAGCGUGCGGCUUCCCGGGCCGGGCUAAAGACGACGCUCAAGUUAGUGUACACCACACCUAGCGACAUGGACUACGAUGGGGGGUGA